UCAAUUGUACUUCCAUGGCUGAGAGUUCGUUGAACCCCGAUGCACCUGAAUUCAUCCCUAAUCCCCCUCUGGCGCCACUGCCACGGCCACCGCCACCGCCAGGGCCACGACCACCGCCACCGCCAGGGCCACGGCUACGGCCACCACUUCGUCCUAUGUAUAUGCUGCUUCCAGUGCAUGAAUUUCUGCCGGUGAUGCUUCCAACACAUCAAUUUCUGCCGGUGAUACUUUCAACGCAUCCAUAUCCGCCGGCGCUUCAACCGCAUCCAUAUCCUAUCGUCGAUUCACCGCCGCAGGAGAAAGUGCGACGACGUCGCCACCGUAUGAAUACUAUUGCUACUAGAGUAAGAGGGAUGGAGAUACGGAUAAUUUUGGACGUAACUACCGUCAUGAUCAAGAAUAUCCCAUUUCACUACAACCGUGGAUCGAUGAUGGAAUUUCUAGACUAUUUCUGCUUACAGGAGAAUAUAAAAGCGAGAGAUUCAAAUAGAGAAAAUAUUCAUGUCUUCGCUUAUGAUUACUUGUAUUUGCCUCUGCAUUUCAAAAAGAAUAGGAUCAGAGGCUAUGCACUUGUGAAUUUCACCGAUGAAAGAACUCUGUGGAAAUUUUUUUUGGCUUUUAGUGACGGAGCGACAGCGUUUCCAAAUUCUGCAAGGAGCGUUAAGCUUUCCACUGCGUAUAUCCAGGGAGAAAAAGAUUUAAGGAGACGAUACCAGUAUGCAAGAUUUAAGCAAGAAGCAAUAGGGUUUAAUCCUCCAAGAGAUGGUUCUCAUAUCAUUGCAAGUUGAAGUCACUCCAGAUAAGCAAGCUUUGAGGGAAAAUUUGAAGUCACUCUCAUAUAAUCCGAUCGGAGAUGGAAUCCACCCUUUGUUGUUGCAUUUUUCGUUAACGAAAUCCACCAUUAACAGGGGCUGUUACUCCUCUGAUUUGCUAGGAGACAUUUCAUUUGUUCUUUUAUUCCUCUGUUUUCACAUCA